AUGCCUCUGCGAUCCAGCGCCAUAAUCUACGAGAGGGUCACCCCUCCCUGGUGGAGUCUGAGCACAGCAGAGGUGGAGGCGCAAUGGCAGGCUGAGAUGGAGGAUGAGGUCACAGAGCAUCCGGAGAUUGAUCAGGAAUGCCCAAGUUGCGGUCAUGACAAGUUACAGUUCUGGACGCGACAACUUCGCUCCGCGGAUGAAGGGCUGAGCGUCUUCUUCCUCUGCAAGAAGUGUGGCUGGCGGACAGUUGAGAAGUGA